GGCUGCAUUUGACGGUCUGCACUGCUGACAUGAGUCGCUCUCGCGCACAUGACUUGCGGUGGGCGCCCCUAAGAUCAAUCGAUCCUACUCUUCCCGUUGCCAGGAAACUGCGUGGUCGUCAUCUUCAUUCAGGCGAACUGCGGAACGAAGGAGCCAGUGUCGCAUCCCUGCGAGCGCCAAGCGGUACACUUCUCGUGUGUGCGUGCGCAACAGCGCCACUUGCGUGAUUGUUAUGACGGACGUAGCCCCUAGUCAGGUUGCGCUGUUGGGUCAAGCAAAACAGUAUAUAGUCCAAGCAGUGAGCGCUGUUCCUCAUCCUUUUGAUCUGAUCCCAUCCAUUCCAGGCCUUCUUCGAUCGGUGUAUUUCUUCAAUCGACUCAAAGCAUCAACAUGAAGUUCCUCGCUGCUCUUUCAAUUGCUCUGGCAACAGCUUCGAGCGUGGCUGCUCAAGCCGUCGGUGGUGAUUUUAGCGAACAAGUUCUGUCUGCGCUCCGCAGCAAUGGCUUGACAUCGCUUGCCGAUGCAGUAGCUGCGAACCCUGCAGUGGUCGUGGCGCUGCAGAGCCCCGGCAACAAGACUGUGCUUGCGCCCACCAACCAAGCGCUCGAGAGCGCCGGCGAUCUGCCCGAAGGCGAUGCUUUGGUCAACUUGCUGUCCUACCACGUUCUCAACGGUUCUUACACCAACGACAGGAUCGACGACGGACCCUUGCUUGCCCGCACCUUGUUGACUUCUGGCGUUGAGCUUCCAGGCAAUGCGAGCCAGGUCGUCAUUUUGGACUCACAAGGUGAUGACGACAAUGAGCGCUCCUUCGUCAAGGGCAACACCGCCAACGUCACAUUCGCAAACGGUACCGACGGUCCCGUUGUCGGAAGCAUUCGCGUUCAACCCAUCGAGACUGUUUUGACUCCUCCGGGAACCCUUAGCUCGGUGCUUGGCGAAGUCGAAGGCGCCUCCGCUGCCGUCGAAGCUUUCAACGGUGCCGACUUGGUCACUGCACUCUCCAACACACGUGGCAUCACGAUCUUUGUCCCUAACAACGCCGCUUUCCAGGCUGUUCAGGCGAACAUCUCCUCCGCGCCCCAGGAGGCGCAACUCGCCGUGCUGAGGAACCACGUCAUCAAUGGCACCACCAUCUACUCUCCCCAAAUUGACGAGGAUGCUGGGGACAACACUGUGGAGGAUGGCUUGCGUCAGUACAGCAGAGCCACAUCUGCUUCCGGACAGGAGCUCAGAUUCGUCGAAGAGGACGACAACGUCUUCGUAGAGACUGAGGGCGCACGCGCCAGAAUCGUCAGGUCCGACCUUCUCUUCGCCAACGGUGUGGCCCACGUAAUUGACGGUGUUCUCUUCAACACCAAUACCAACCAGACCGCUGCUGAUGAUGCCGAAGAGGAGGGCAACAACAACGCCGGUGGUGGAAGCUCUGGCGGCAACACUGGCGCGGGUGGUGGCAGCGGUGGUGGCAGCGGCUCAAGUCCGGACGGAGCCCUCUCUGGCGCGACCGCGAGCAUGACUGUCGCAUCCCUGUGCGCUGCCGUCAUCGCCGGUGCCUUGACACUUGCCUAA